AUGGAGCAGCAAGCAGUUCUUUAUGGAGCUGUCAUGAGUAGGAAGAAGAUUGAUGCUGGAGUAUUCCAGAUUGACAUGACUGCUUCUGGUUCCCAAUCUUUAGUUAAAGACUUUGAGGCUUUCAUCCAGUCAGAUGGCAUAAUAGAAAUGCUACGUUUUGAUGAAGGAGACCUAUUGCAGAAAAAAACUGGGGGAUCUUUUGUGUUUAAGACUCGUUUUCACAUAGAGUUGGGAUGCAAUUGGAUAGCACAACUAGAGGAACUGGGAAGUGUUGCAAGACUCCCAAAUGUAAAGGCAGCUCUUGGGACCAAAUCGCCACUGGGUUUAAAGAAAGUUCAAAUUACUGCAGUGAGGAAGUAUGAUGCUGUCAGUGUCUUAAAUUUAAAACCAUUUUUUCUUUUACAGACUGAGACAACUAUAGGCCUCAGUUCAUAUCAACAGAAAAGUGUAUCCCUAUAUCGGGGAAAUUGCCGACCCCUCCGGUUUGAGCCACCAAUGCUGGAUUUCCAUGAACAGCCAGUUGGAAUGCCAAAAAUGGAAAAAGUUUACCUACAUAACCCUAGCUCAGAAGAAACAAUUACAUUAGUAUCAAUAUCUGCUACAACAUCACAUUUUCAUGCAUCAUUUUUUCAAAAUAGGAAAAUUCUUCCAGGAGGGAAUACAUCCUUUGAUGUAGUUUUCCUCGCAAGAGUAGUGGGAAACGUAGAGAACACUUUAUUUAUUAACACUUCCAAUCAUGGGGUAUUUACUUAUCAGGUGUUUGGCAUUGGAGUUCCGAACCCCUAUCGAUUGCGCCCAUUUAUUGGGGCACGAGUUCCUGUAAAUAGCAGUUUUUCUCCUAUAAUAAAUAUACACAACCCUCACAGUGAACCUUUGCAGGUGGUAGAAAUGUAUUCCAGUGGAGGUGAUCUCCAUUUAGAGCUUCCAACAGGUCAGCAAGGAGGUACAAGGAAGUUGUGGGAAAUACCUCCCUAUGAAACAAAAGGAGUGAUGAGAGCCAGCUUUUCUUCAAGAGAAGCAGAUAAUCAUACAGCCUUCAUUAGAAUAAAAACAAAUGCCUCAGACAACACAGAAUUUAUCAUUCUCCCUGUUGAAGUAGAAGUUACAACAGCACCAGGAAUCUAUUCAUCAACAGAAAUGCUAGAUUUUGGUACACUACGAACACAAGAUCUGCCAAAAAUUUUAAAUCUGCAUUUAUUAAAUUCAGGAACAAAAGAUGUGCCAAUUACAAGUGUUAGACCUACACCACAGAACGAAGCUAUAACAGUACAUUUCAAGCCAGUUACGUUAAAAGCCUCUGAAAGUAAAUAUACCAAAGUUGCAAGUAUUAGCUUUGAUGCAUCAAAAGCAAAAAAAGCAUCACAGUCUUCUGGGAAAAUAACUGUUAAAGCAAAAGAGAAGAGCUACUCCAAACUUGAAAUACCAUAUCAAGCAGAAGUGUUGGAUGGUGCUGCCACACCAUUUCACAUCCGUGACAGUGCUGCUGAUUCCGUGGAAAGACUGAUCUAUCUAACAAACACAUUCAAUUUUGCAGUCCUUAUACAUGAUGUUGUGUUACCAGAAGAAGCAAAACCAAUGUUUAAAGUCCAGAACUUCAGUAAACCAGUCUUAAUUCCGCCUAAUGAAUCCAGAUAUAUUUUUACACUUUGUUUUAUGCCUUCCACAUCAUCUGUUCACAUAGACAAUAAUAUUUUACUUAUCACCAAUGCUUCUAAAUUUCACCUACCUGUUCGAGCAUACACAGGAUUUUUAGAUUACUUUGUACUGCCUCCAAAAACUGAGGAACGAUUUAUAGAUUUUGGCAUAUUGAGUGCAACAGAAGCUACCAGCAUGUUAUUUGCAGUUAUCAACAGCAAUCCGAUAGAGCUGGCUGUAAAAAGUUGGCAUAUUAUAGGGGAUGGUUUGGCCAUAGAACUUCUAACAACUGAAAAGGGAAACAGAACAACAAUAAUUGCAAACCGUCAUGAACUACAAAAUACUAGUGCAUCCGAUCAGUCUUCAGUGAUACUAGCAUCGGGUUAUUAUGCUGUGUUUAGAGUAAAACUGGUAGCAAAAGAACUUGAAGGAAUUCAUGAUGGAGCUGUGCAAAUCACGACAGAUUAUGAGAUUUUAACUAUACCUGUGAAGGCAGUGAUUGCUGUAGGCUCGCUGACCUGCUCCCCAAAACAUGUUUUUCUUCCACCUUCAUUUCCGGGGAAGGUAGUUCACCAAAGCCUGAACAUUAUGAACUCCUUUUCUCAGAAAGUGAAAAUACAACACAUACGCUCCCUGUCGGAAGAUAUAAGGUUUUAUUAUAAGAGGCUAAGAAGUAAUAAAGAAGAUUUACAGCCAGGGAAAAAAUCAAAGAUUGCAAAUAUUUAUUUUGAUCCUGGUUUACAAUGUGGAGAUCAUUGUUAUGUAGGAUUGCCUUUUCUAUCUAAAUCGGAAUCUAAAGUACAGCACAGUGUAGCAAUGCAAGAAGAUGCGUGGGAUUCUGACUGGGAUUUGCAUGAGAACUUAUUCAAAGAAUGGACAGAAAUAAGAGAGAACUCAAGCCAUAGACUGAAUGCUGUAUUUGAAGUAGACACAGAUCUUCAGAAGGAUGUCCAGUUGAAAAUUACAGCAGAAAUGGCCUGGCCUUCCAUACUCAGUUCACCACGCUAUCUAAGCUUCCCUCUUACCAAUACAAACAGUUCAUCAGAAGAAGAAAUUUUUCUAGAAAAUCCAGCUGACGUUCCUGUGUAUAUUCAGUUCCUUCCUGUAGCUCUGUAUUCGAACCCAUCCGCCUUUGUUGAUAAAAUGUUAGAACGGUUUAAUUUGAGUAAACCAACUAAUUUCAAUCUGAGGACUCUAGAAUUCCAAGUCUUCAGAAAUUGU